GGGCCGGGCCGUCCAAUGGGACGAGGCGUUGGUGCGAGGAGGCGCCGCCAUCUUCGGGCCGCUGGGCCCCCGCACCGGUCUCCGGCAGCCAGAGGUAGGUGGUAGGUGGGCCGGGUCUCGCCGCCUGCGGUCCCCGGCCUCGCCCGCUCGCGCUCCGCUGCGGACCCACGAUGCCGCAGUACCAGACGUGGGAGGAGUUCAGUCGCGCGGCCGAGAAACUCUACCUCGCCGACCCUAUGAAGGCCCGUGUGGUUCUCAAAUAUAGGCAUUCUGAUGGGAGUUUGUGUAUUAAAGUAACAGAUGAUUUAGUUUGUUUGGUGUAUAGAACAGACCAAGCCCAAGACGUAAAGAAGAUUGAGAAAUUCCACAGUCAACUAAUGCGACUUAUGGUAGCCAAGGAAUCCCGCAGUGUUGCCAUGGAAACGGACUAAAUGGUUUGAAUUGAAGAUCUGUCCUGUUCUUAGGAAGUAAAUCUCUUUUGAAUCUGAAAAAGUGUUGGGAAAGAAAAUAGUUUAUGUAACUAAGUGGGCUCUUCAGAAGUGGGGAGAUCAUUUUUUGUACUUUGUGUUUUAAUAUUUACUUUAAAGAGCUAGGAAUGUAAAUGCUUUCAGGUAGAAAACCUUUAUUUAUUUUUGAAAAUUGAACAAAUGCAUCUAUGUUGGGAAACCUUUUGCAGGUUGAUAUGGGGCAAAAUAAUUAUUCUAUGGUAAGUUUGUAUCAGUAAUUGGAAAAAGGCAAUUCUUCCUUAAAUUUAGUUAAUCUGUCUUUAAAAGAAAAUUAGAUGUAACCAUUUUACCAGAUUGAUAUUUUUUUUUUGGAGCAUAAAAUUUGUGCUGUUGCUGACCAACAAACUUAAAAUAUGGUAACUGGAAUUGCCUGUGCACAGCAGUGUGCUUGACUAUGUAUAAUAUAGUAAUGUAGUCUCAGUUAUUUCUAAAAGUAAUCAUGGAAACAAGUAUGCUUUACUUUAAAACUUUCCAAAUUUAAACUGUUUUUGAAUGUAAGGGAUUUGUAGUAUCAUUAGCUUGUUGAGCAGAGACUUGCUUUGAAUCUCGUUUUCAGUGCUCAAACCAGCUGCGGUUACUUUAAGUGCAUGAACAGAAUGAUCACUAGUGGCCUGAGGCCACCAUAUUACACAGGUAUUUGCCACAGAUUUCCCCUCUGUCUUUUCUCAGGAGGGCUAAAGAUUAUUCAGACUGUUAAAUCUGAAUUCACAUAUGUCUGUGCCACCCCUGCCCGUUUCUCUCUGUAUUUAACCAAGGUGUUAAGCGUGACUGUCACAACUGUUAUGUUUUCCAUUAGGCCAGAGGGAUAUCAUUUGAUAUUUACCAUAUUAUUGUAACCUGAAUUUUACCACCUAAAUGUAAUGUUCACAUGUUGCUACCUACAUUAAAAUAUUUUUUGGUUAGGAAUUUGUUCUGUUGAGCAACAUUUUCACAUGGAAAAUUCCAUUAGCCAUAUGAAUUUUUGCAUGUUUUGGAGAAGUCAGUAAGUAAAAUAUUAUAUGAAUAUAUAUUGUUUCUCUUGAAGUUUUUAACUUCUCAAGAAUUACUGAUUUCUUGACUGGGAUAUACUGUAUUCAUUUAGUGUAAAAUGAGCCUGAUGUUACUGUAAGUAAAUUUUGAUUGUUGUUUUGUUUGUUGGUACUUUUUGCUACACAACUUUCUCUGAAGAUGUAUGUUGAUGGCAAGGUGGUUUUCUUGA